AUGAUUAUAGAAACUGGAGCUAGUCAUACAAAUAAAUUCGGCAUAGCGGAGGUACUAGCGGCUAAAUCUGGCAAAGCGGAGGUGCUAGCGGCCAAAUCUGGCACAGCGGAGGUGCUAGCAGCUAAAUCUGGUGGAGUGGAUAUGCUAAUGACUAAAUCUAGCGUAGCAGAUGUGCUAGGGCUAAAUCUGCCACUCCUUGGGCACACAAAAAGUUCAAAAAAAGUUGUAUCUGCCUCGUCCAAUCAAACACAUAAAAUUCCUACAAAUUGUGAUGAAGAGGAAGAUAUUAUAGAAGUAGAAAUGGUUAGCGACAAAGGACAGGAAAAGGAAAAACAAGAGAGAGUAGAAGAAAUUUAUUAUGCAACAUUUAAAUGUAGAGAAAAGGAUAAAGGAAAAAAUAGGCAAAGAAAUAAAGAUUUGUUAUUUGAUUUAAAUCAUUUUGAAGAAAUGUGUGAUAAUCUAGAAGUUUUGGACGAGACAGACGUCAAUGUCGACAACAGCAAACAUAAAAUAACCAAUAGAAAGCGAAAUUGCAUUCAAGAAGAGAAGUGGGAAGUUAAAGCACAAAAGAUACCUAAAUUAAAUACAGAAAAAGAAAAUAUUUCUCCAAUAAAUCAGACAAAGUCUCAAAGAAAUGUCGUCAGCCGUCACUCUGAGUGCCAUAAAUAUAAAAUUCGAACAUCAUUGCAAUUAUGA